UUAGCACCGAGCUGAGUCAGGGCUGUGCCUGUGCCAGAGGCUGCGACCUGUGCUCUGAGUUCAAUGGGUGCCUGAGAUGUUCCCCCAAACUCUUCAUCCUUCUGGAGAGGAAUGACAUCCGGCAAAUUGGGAUUUGCCUACCAUCUUGUCCACUGGGAUACUUUGGCCUUCGCAAUACAGACAUGAACAAGUGCAUCAAAUGCAAAAUUGAGAACUGUGAGUCCUGUUUCAGUCGAAACUUUUGCACAAAAUGUAAGGAAGGUUUGUAUUUGCACAAAGGGAGGUGUUACGUCACAUGCCCCGAAGGCUACUCUGCUGCCAACGGCACCAUGGAGUGCAGCAGUCCUGCACAAUGUGAAAUGAGUGAGUGGGGGCCCUGGGGGCCCUGCUCCAAGAAGAGGAAGCUCUGCGGCUUCAAGAAGGGCAAUGAAGACCGAACACGGCGGAUUCUGCAGGCUCCAUCCGGAGACGUGUCCCUGUGUCCUGCCACCACAGAGGUGCGGAGGUGCACCGUGCAGAAGAACCAGUGCCCCGAAGGUGAGCAGACGUGGAAUAUCUCACCAUCCUUCCCCAGCACCCUUUAUUUGUCAGGCACAAGUAUUCAGCCAAUUGUCAG